AUGCACACAUUUUCCACAUUACCCAUCGAACUUGUUUAUCGAAUUAUGGAUCAUCAAGAUGAGCUGACGCUAUUUUAUUCAAUGCAAAAUAUUUGUCGACGACUCAAUAAAAUACGCAGUACAUAUGAACGCUAUCGAACACUCACCGCACUAAGCCUUUCCGGCCGCAGAGUCAGUGUUGAAGGAGUACGACGCAUUGCGGAUACGUUGCGAACAAACACGACACUCACCGCUCUAGAUCUAUACUGUAACAGAUUCUUUGCUGAAGGAGCACAACACAUUGCGGAUGCGUUACGAAUCAACACGACACUCACCACACUAAAUCUCGGCAAUAACAGAAUCGGUGCUGAAGGAGCACAACACAUUGCAGAUGCGUUGCGAACGAACGCGACACUCACCACUCUAGAUCUGGACGGUAACAUAUUCCAUGCUGAAGGAGUACAACACAUUGCGAAUGCGUUGCGAACGAACACGACACUCACCACACUAAACCUCGAAUGGAACGGCAUGGGUGAUGAAGGAGCACGACAAAUUGCAGAUGCGUUGCGAACGAACACGACACUCACCACACUAAGUCUCGGCGAUAACAGAAUCGGUGCUGAAGGAGUACAACUCAUUGCGGACGCGUUGCGUAGGAAUGCAAGCGUCAAUAUGGUGUAG